AUGGCAUUGAUGGAGAAGAUGGCAUUAACGGCAAACGUAAUGGGUCUCAAUAUCUUCAAGAUUGNUGGAAUCACUUUCAAAUCUUAUUUGACCCGAUUUGCUGUUCCGUCAGAAGAGAGUGGUUCUCACAGUAACUUCUACUACUCUUUUGAUGCUGGAGGGAUACAUUUCAUCAUGUUAGGAGCAUAUGUCGAUUACAAUAGCACUGGAGCUCAGUAUGAUUGGCUAAAGGAAGAUCUACAUAAAGUAGACCGGGAUCUGACCCCUUGGCUGGUAGCUGCAUGGCAUCCACCUUGGUAUAAUAGCUAUUCUUCACACUAUCAAGAAUUUGAAUGCAUGAGGCAAGAAAUGGAAGAACUUCUGUAUCAAAAUGGUGUUGACAUUGUUUUCUCUGGUCAUGUUCAUGCUUAUGAGCGGAUGAAUAGAGUUUAUAAUUAUACAUUGGAUCCUUGUGGACCUGUUUACAUAACAGUUGGAGAUGGUGGAAAUAUUGAGAAAAUUGAUGUUGAUUUUGCGGAUGACCCUGGAAAGUGUCCCUCAGCUAAAGAUAACAUACCAGAAUUUGGGAACAUAUGUCAUUUGAAUUUCUCUUCAGGUCCUGCUAAAGGAAACUUUUGCUGGAGCAAACAGCCCGAAUGGAGUGCAUUGAGAGAAAGCAGCUUUGGACAUGGAAUACUUGAGGUAGUAAAUUCAACGUAUGCAUUAUGGACCUGGCACAGAAAUCAGGAUAUUUACAAGGAAGAUAGUCAUGGUGACCAAAUCUAUAUUGUGAGACAGCCAGAACUGUGCUCUGCCUCCACCUCUAAAAGGGAGCAACCUGAAACAACUAGGAGCUCAAACAGUGAAGCAGCAGCUAUAUCAGGAAAAUGUAAGUGGAUACUGUCAAUAAUAUUAUUCAUAAUGGCUGUCAAUAUCAUUGCUGUAAAAUGAUAUUAAAUAUGCAUGUAAUUGUGCUGAUUAAAUUUCUCUUCUUCACUGUAUAUAAUUCUUGCCAAGUUCAAUCUAAAGUAUGUAAUAUAAUGGAUUUCAA